AUUAAGAUCAAAAUUUGAGGGGCUAGAGUAGCAAUUUACCCUAAAUAAAAUAAUAGAUUCGAAACCAACAAACCCUUGAAAUGGCGCCAUCAAAUAGAAACAACUAAAAGAAUCCGGGAACAAGGAAGCUUUCGUCUUCAAAAAAUGUUACUGGGGAAAACCAUCAAGCACCUUCCCUCCAUUCCCAUUAACAAAUCUUUCCCUCGCUUUUCUUCCUCCCUUUCCGUUCUCUCAGCUCACGACCCGACAUCCGACUCGGAUCCAUAUGCUCUUUUAAAGCAGGACCCAAUUGACAUCUGCCUUUCAAUAUGGGUUAAAUCCUUCUCUUCACACUCACCCACCGCCACUUUCCCAAACCUCACCGGCUUCCUCUCAAAAUUUGAUCUCUGGGUGUUAGCCUACCAACGCUCCUGCGCUCACGUGACCGGCACCUUCCCUCCCCGCAACGCCAUCCACUCCCAGACCCUCCAUUCCCUUCUCUCCCUCCAAAGCGCAGUCGUUCACGGCCGCUUCAAGUGGAACAACAAGACCCAUCAGCUUAUUCGUAGCCCAAACGACAAGCCGUCGACGAGUUUAAUCUCAAAGAGAAAACUUCAAGCUAUGCUUCAAUCGCCUGACCCCUGUUUUCAGGACCGCGUUGUUCAAGAGGUUCUUUUGAUGGUCCUGGAACCUAUUUUUGAACCCCGGUUUUCAAGUAAUUCUCAUGCCUUUAGGCCUGGAAGGAGUGCCCAUAGCGUUAUCCGCACAAUUCGGAGUAACUUUGCUGGGUAUCUUUGGUUUUUAAGAGGUGAUUUGAGUGAGUUAUUUGAUAAUGUGGGUGUAAAUGUAAUCAUGGGUUGUCUCGAAAAGGUUGUAAAAGAUAAGAAAGUUUUGAAUUUGAUUAAAUCUGGGCUCAACCAGCCUGUUAAGAAGAGAUUGAAGAGCGAUGACGAUGGUGGUGGUGGCGGUGGCGGUGGAGAUUUGAAGAGCAAAAGGAUGAAAAAAAGAAAGGCUACUAAGAAGAAGAUUUUGAAUGAGAAUGAGCCUAAACGACCCUAUUGGUUGAGGACUUUCUUUGAUUUUGCUCCUGAGGAAGCUGCUAAGGUACCUUCUUAUGGUUGUUGUGGAAUUUUGAGUCCUUUACUUUCUAAUGUCUGUCUUAAUGAAUUGGAUCAAGUGAUGGAAGAGAAGAUAGUUAAGUUUUUUAGGCCGUCUAAGCAUGAUUCGAUAUGGAAAGAUACAAUUAAUGAUGGAUGUCAUAACCCUUCUUGGCCUGAGUUUGUUCCGUCUAGUGGCAGAGAGAAAACUAGGAAAAUGGAUUACAUAAGACAUGGAAGUCAUUUCUUGAUUGGCAUUCGAGGACCCAGAGAGGAUGCAGUGCAAAUUAGAAAGGAAAUAAUAGAGUUCUGUGAGAGCGAAUUUGGGAUAAGGUUGGAUAACUCAAAAGUGGAGAUAGAACACAUAAGUAGAGGAAUUCAAUUCUUGGACCAUAUAAUUUGUAGGAGAGUGAUACACCCUACCCUUCGUUACACAGCUAGUGGAGGGAAUAUUGUGAGUCAAAAGGGCAUAGGGACUUUGCUUUCGGUUACAGCUAGUUUACAGCAAUGUAUUCGUCAGUUCAGGCGGCUUCACUUUGUCAAGGGUGAUAAGGAUCCUGAGCCUCUGCCUUGUACCCCAAUGCUCUACUCGAGUCAAGCUCAUACAAAUUCACAGAUGAAUAAGUUUCUUGAGACCAUGGCUGAUUGGUACAGAUAUGCUGAUAAUCGAAAGAAAGUUGUUGGCUUUUGUGCUUAUGUGAUUCGUAGCUCUUUAGCUAAACUGUAUGCUGCAAGGUAUAGGCUAAAAUCUCGUGCCAAGGUGUAUAGGAUAGCUUCACGUGAUCUUAGUCGUCCAUUGAGGGAGAGUAGCAACAAUUCAGCACCGGAAUACUCUGACCUUUUAAGGAUGGGACUUGUUGACGCAAUUGAAGGUGUUCAGUUCUCACAUAUGUCUUUGAUUCCGUCUUGUGAUUACACUCCAUUUCCAAGGAAUUGGGUACCAGACCAUGAGCAGCUUUUGCAUGAGUAUAUUAGACUACAAGACCCAAAAUUCUUCUGCCACUUGCAUAGAUCGAUAAAACGUGAAGGCCUAAGUUUACCUCAAGAUGAGAUAUCGGGGAUUGUGUGGGAUUAUAAGACUCUGGGAAUUUGGAGAUAUCGGUCUAAUACUGGCAAAGAAACAAAAGAGGGUUCGGAAUAAAAGAUGGAUGGCUUAUUUCCAUUUUUCGAGUGAAGUUGGAGGACUUAUUUGGGUUUUAUGCCAAUUAAGAGGUAUGCCUUCAAUAUUUAGUUUUCAUGAUUUUCUCAUAAAUGGGUAUUUGCUCUUUCUGUUAUUGAUGUCAGAAAUUUAUUUUUGCUUGUAAAUGGGUUUGUUCAUUGAGGAAUCUUACAUUUGUUAAUUUUAUUUGUCCUUUUUCAUUGAAUUUUUUUUAUUAAUAUCCAACACUGACAUCAGUUUUUGUUUAUUUUUUGUUUUCAUAAUAUAUAUCUCAAAAAUCUAAUUUAUUUUUACAGUGAAUGGAAAAAAAAUCUUGAUUUUAAUCAUGGAAGAAAUAUCUGUUGUCAUUGCCACCAUAAGAAGUGGCAAUUAUUGCAGCAACAUCAUAGUUAAAGACUAAAGAGGGAAAAAAAUGUGAUUUUAGUUUGCUGAAUGCUGGUGGAUAUAUACUGCUGAGGGUGGACUUUCUAGAAAUUUGUCUGGUUUUGAUUUCUGUGUUUUUUAGUGAAAAAGGCAUCGGGAUCUUUUGAGGAAACACUCUAGGUGCAAUCUUUGUUUCCUUUUAUUUAUUGUGAUUAUUUUACCUUGCAAGUCUUCAACAGUGUAUAUCAUAUAAUUUUUAUUCAGGAAAAAUCAACAGAUACAAAGUGCAGUUGUCUUUUUAUGAGCCUUAGUGGCUCCAGAAGACUUUCCAUCACAUUCAACCAUAAAACAAAUUAAUUGCUCUCAAAACCUAAGCUGCAUAAUAUUGUCUUCUGCCACAUUUUAUAAGGUCCUUUUUCUUUUUGAUACUUUUCCCUCAGUUCAACCACUACUGAUCUAUUCAGAUAGUUAUAUAAAGCUCUAUAACCUUUCAUAGAAUGAAGAAGCUUAUGCUUUGCAUCAAUGUUUCAUUUCCUGUUUUUUUACAGUAUAGGCUCUAGGUCUCAUCAAAUUCAUUCCUUUCUUUAGUUAUAAAACACAAUUCCACACAUAUAUCAGAAUAGGUUAAAUCAUGUUUUGUUCUGUAGCCUCAAGAUAGAAAUUCUAGCUAUGUUAUCGGUUGAGAUUUUGGGAGUUUUGAGUGAUCUACCGGACACAUGAGGAGUAUUGUGAUUUCUGUAAGAUAGGUUGUUAUGAUAAAGGAAGAAUGAACCUCAUAGGAUGAGAUUGUGAGAGCAAAAGAUCUGAAAUUAGGAAUCAAACGGAAAAAAGUUAUGAUUUAAGAUAAUCAUUUUGAGAAUAUGCUACAAACAGAAUCAAAUAUAGUUGCAACAUACGGUAAUAAUAAAGAUGAUGAUGGCAGUGAUAAGGAUAUUGCCAAGUUAUUGAAACAAGUCAUAAUCAAAGAUAAUCAAGACUGCAGUCUAGAUUAACUGCUAACAUAUUGUCUCAUAUGACAAAGGACUUUCAUGCAAACAAAGGCUGAAUAUAGAGCUAGAAAAAAAAAAUUAGAGAAAGAAAGAAAAGGCGGCAGAUAUAGGUAAUGCAUUGUAUGAUUUUUAGCAUCCAAAUCCUUGGUUCAGCUAUCAGGAAUUGACAAUAUCUAGAUCAAACGGAAGGUCUCCAGAGGUUACACUUUGAAAUAUAGCCCUGCUUGUUGAAUGAAACCAUCAACUAAUUCUUCAACCACAUGGCCCAUGAGACUGUUGCCUGCCUUUGCUGUGUUAGGACGCUGACCAUGCUGAGGAACUGCAGCAAAGGCUGGCACACUUGCUGUAUAACCAUUCAUUUGAUGAAUAGGUUGUGGAACAUGCUGAUUAACAGCCAAAGUUGGCAUACUUGCUGUAUAAUCAUUCACUUUGUAAGGUUGUCUCCAAUUUGAUGAACUGGCUUCAAGAAUUGGAUUUGAAUUAUGAACAUAUGGAACACAGAUUUGUUGUUGUGGUAUAGGUAUUACUGGUUGAGAACCAUGGUGAAAUGCUGAACCUGAAUAUGGAAGCUUGGUCAUGAAUUUGGAAAAUUGGGGAGGGAAACUUCAAGACUUAAGCAGUUGGGGCUGUUGCUGUUUUAGUUGGAUGUAUGUGACCGGUUGAGCUUAAGCGUUGGCUCUAUCAGCAUGGUAUAGAAGUUGCUCCUGAUGUGUUUGUUGGACUUGAAUUGCUCUGACAGGUUGAAUUUGAAUAUUGGAACUACUGCUGUGAUGCAGUGUUUGCUCCUGUGUGUGUUGGAUCCCGUGACAGGUUGAGAUGAGUACUGGCUACAAUGUUGUGGCAAAGCAGUUGAUCCUGCUGUGUCUGUUGGAAGCCUGUGACAGGUUGAAGGUGACUGCAUGCUCCAUUGGCCUGCUCUGCAGUUGCUCCUCCUGUGUUUGUUGAGUUUGGAUCUCUCUUACUGGUUGGAAUUGAGUAUUGGCACUAUCAGUAGGGCACAGAAUCUGUUGCUUCUCUGUUGGAUCUCUGCUGCAGGCUGCAAUUGGUUGGCCAUGGCACAGUUCAUGUGAACAUCAUAUUUUUGCAGGAGCCACACCUAUACAGCCUGUGGUUUGAACCAUAUUGCUUGCAGAUGUCACACUGAAAUUUCUUC